AUCCAAGGAAAAGGAAGGCUUUGGGUCACUUUGGUAAAUGAGUCCACCAGUUCAUUGACCCUCUGUUUAAACAGACCUGUUGGACUUUCUCCUCCUUCAGUAGCUGCUCACACGCCAACCUGAACAUUCGUGCCGUCGAGAGCAAAGAGAGAGCGCGGCCUCGCCAUCGACCAUGCAGCCGGCUCUCCUCUCUCUGCUCCUGAUUGCCGUACACGCGUCCGUAUCCGUGGACUCUACACCGAGGCUCCGGGGGCCAAAGCGCCUGGGGCAGCACCAGCGGAGGAGCUUCCAGACGGGCGCGCGCGCGGAUGCAUCAGCUGGUGCCAGUCGUUUCUACUGGGAGCCCAGUGGGGGGACGAGAAAAGGCCUUUACAGAAACUCUUUUGUUAUUAUGCCAGUAAGAACAGCUACGAGCAACUAUGUGUCAAUAUUUGAUAUGCGCAGAAAAAGGUUCCUCUGUAUGGACUCAGCGGGAGAUUUGUACAGCUCUAGGCAAAAGGACCCAGGAGAUUGUCUCUUCCAGCCCGUUGGGUUGGACGUGGCGGACCCCCAUGACUCCAUAAGCCCGGGCCGGCUGUUUCAAGCGGCCGGGCCCGAGCUCUCCUCUUCCUCCCCGGCGGAGCGCUUCUCCGGCCCCUCGGUGGAGCGACGGAGGAGGAGUGAGGCGGUGAACCCCUCCGAUCCGUUAAGAUCACAUUCACACCCCUCCCAUUCUGCCAGGGAUCACAAGGACGUAGAGCACCGGCAGCCCGACCAGGACCAGGCCGGCGCCGUGUCCAAAGAGACCAUCACCUCUUGCGAUGACCCCCUGCGGGUCCUGCAGCCCAACGGGCCGGUCAGCCCCGUCAAGACUAAUAUCGCAGACCGAGCAGAGCAGGACUAAGAGACUGAGCUUGGGUUCAUAAGUAGAUGCUCUGCUGGACUCGGUGGAGGCCGUCAUUUCACAAACGAUCAAGUCAUCGUUAAGUGUUGAGAUUGUUGGAAUGGUGGUAUCUCGCUCGAUGAUGUAACACGUUACGUCACAGCAGCUUGUACACAUGUAGUCUUUGAAUAGCAGACGUAAGCAGGGUAAGUAUGGUCCGGCGUCCUGCUGACCUCUUCCGCCAAGUUAAAUUUUAAACCUCGGGUCGAAUGUGGCAAUGUUUGUUUUUGCAAAUGUGAAAAUGUGUAAUCUGUAAGUAAUUGUGAAUAUUUAUGCGCACAUUUGUUGGAGCAGUGAAGCUUCAUUCGUGGAGUUUACUAACUGAACCAAAAAAGACAAAGCACACGCUGAAAAAAAAGAACCUGCCAUUUCCUUAGAUUACACAGUCAUGAAGAGAAUCAAAUUAUGUCAGGUGCCGGACACCAAUAAUCACAGAGAUGAAAAGGUAUUUAUUUAUUGAAAUGUGUAAAAAGACUUCCUUCGUAGCCUCUAUUAUUAUUUAUACAGUUCAUGUUGUUUUAUUUCUCAUGUGAAAAAAUUAGGGCCGGGACUUUAGAGCGUUAAUUACGAUUAAUUAAUUACAAUGUGAAUUAAGAUUAAUUAAUUACACAAAAAAAACAUUAAACAUUUUUUACGCAUUUUUACACUUAUUUUUUGCACCGCGGAACGUUUCUCACUGGAUGAGUUUCGGAGGACCGAUUAUACUGGAGCACCAACUAGCGUUCAUGACUUCAGACAACAACAAACCACAGUGAACAUGAACGAAGAAGCUGACGAGACCGUGUCGGGUGGCCCCGUGAAUGGGAAAUCUUAUUAUAAUAAACACACGGAUGGAAGCAUCAAUAAGAGCGUAGUUGUGUGCAAGCUGUGCAACAAGGAAUUCACAUCGAGUCUCAAGUAUCACCUCAACGCAAAACAAUUAGCAGCUAGCGUGGACGUACAAGGACCCACACCCAACCCACACUGCACCAGAUGACUGGUUUAAGGACCAGGGUAACUAAGUCCACGUCUGAAAAAAUAACCAAUGUUCUGAAUGUACUUGAAAGUACUACUUAAAAAAACAUAGUUUACAGAAGGUCUACUUACUUAUAGGCUACCGGAAUUUCUGAAAGUACUAUAUUUCUAAAUAUGCUAUUUCUACACUUGUCUGCUGGAAUUGGUUGAACAAAAAUAAAAAUCCAUGUGAAAAAAAUUACUUCUCACUGUUCUCAGGUCAAAUAUUUAUGCAAUGAAAAUGCAAUUAAUUAGAUUAAUAUUUUUAAUCGAGUCCCGGACCUAAUAAUAUAUAUAUUAUAUUAUAUAUAUUGACCUUACAUAUAUUUUUUAUAAUAUUUUUUCACCUAUUUAAAAAAAAAUCUUUUCUUUUUUGACCCUACAUAUUUUGACUUUUUCACAAUAUUUUUUUCUCAUGACAUGACUGGAAUGAUCUUAGAUGGAGCAACCUACACGUCCCUGUGACUAAUGCCAAAUGCCCCAAAUUUCUGUACUUUAAACCUUAUCUGAGUUCAACCCUCAAGGGACAUGGUGGCUCUUCCUAAAUCCUUUUUUAGUUUUGGGUAACUGACAUUUAUAAAAAAUCAUAAUGGGAUAUUGCCCCAGAGACGGAUUGGUGCAUCUUGGAGGAUCAACCGUGCUAUUCAUCCUUCCUGCAUUGGUAAAGGCACAAGUGAGUUGAAUUUGAAUGUAACAGAGAAUUGGAGGGUGGAUAUACUAAAUAGGUAAAACAAAUCUACACCCUGUGCCAGACUGUCCAGACUGUACCAGUUUAAGGUUGUCCACAGGAUGCCCUGAAGUAGACAAACAUGUGAUUGUCUUGAAAAAUGCCCUCAGAGGCUGUAAUGAGUUUCAUGUCAGUGUGACCACUGAAUGAGACACAUCUGCUCAUCUUUACUGACUCAUCCGGCCUUCUCUCCCGUCAAAAAGGUGGAACCCUAUAGGCUACAUAGCAUGGCUAAUAAGUGCUAAAAGCAAAGCAAUUAACAUCAAAUUUAGUUAAUUCAUCAUCCAAAAGAUUCUUCAUCAUUCUUGACAAUGCCAUCAUAACUCAAGUGAACGCGCCUUGUGUUUCUGCAUAACACCCAGGGUUCACUUCUCUGAAACAACCAGUGGGGACAAUGCCCCCACAACUACCUCCGCAGUAGUGCGCUCAAGACUUGGCAGGAGCAGGAUUUGAACCCACUGGCGGCACUUACAGAGGCUUUCGGCUCCUUCUUGCACCCCUACACUACCAGUCCUGGUCACAUUUUGCCAACUUUGAUUCUCCUAUUUAACCUUGAGCAUGUGAGUUAAACUUUAACACUCUUCUAAAUGCUAUUUACACAUCUGGGCUUGAACCCACAACCUUCAAAUGCAGUGCAGGCUUGUGGCAGCUGCUCUUCCACUGUGCUACUUAACCACACACUAACCAACUCUUUGUUUGUUGUAUUUAACCUUGAGACUGCUACUCAAACCUGAAGUAAAGCCAAAGGCUCAAACCCAAGACUGGGCUUGAACCCACAACCUACAGUGUAAGGACAGUAGCUCCUCAGCUCUUGUGCUGCACUACCUCACCAUGCACAAAUUACAUUUUUGUUUCUCGUAUUUAACCUUGAGACUGCUACUCAAACCUCAAAACUCUUUCAAAGCAGAAGUGAUGUCUGAAGGGGCGUGAACCCACAACCUCAGACAGCAGGUUGGAGCCUGCAGCCCUUCAGUUGUUCCCUUGUGCUAUUCAAGCACAUGCCUCAUUGUGUCCGUUUCUCAUAUUAGACCUUGGGAUUGUUUACUGAACCUCAAAACUGUUUCAAAGUUUACAGUUUAAAGCCCUGACUGCAACCAAACCCUCCUUCUGAGACAGCAGGUUUGAACUGAGGAUCCUCCACACUUCAGCCUUCCUGCUAUCUCCCUGCACUGUUCCACCACACACCUGUUGAUGCUUUUGAAUCCAACCUCAAUUCUCAUAGAUUCUCAGGCUGGAAUCCA